AGUCUGCCAUGUCGCGACGCAAGCAGUCCAAGCCGCAGCACAUCAACUCAGAGGAGCCCACCUCGGCAGAAAACGGGGUUCUCCAGGAUGUCCAAACUGAAGAGGAUGGAAAUGAGCUCAAGAGGUGUCGAAUGGAGGAGACGAGAGUUUGUGAGAAAUGCUGUGCAGAGUUUUUUGAUGAAGCAGAGUUUCUUGAGCAUGAGAAGAAUUGCACGAAGAGUCAGCAGGUCGUCAUUAUGAAGGACGGGGAUGGUGGUGAAAUACCUCCCGAGUUCUCCCAGCGGUCCCCUGAAGACUUCCAAAGCGAUCAUAGCGAUGGCCAGUCAAAGCAUGGCAUGGACUCUGUUGAUGUUAUGGAGGAUGAGCCAAAGUUGAACGGAGAUGAUGACUCCAAGCAAGCCCAAGAGGAUCUAUCCAGCAGCCCUGACAUGAGCUACCCAACUGCCUUGAAGUUGCAAGACUCUAAUGUAACUCUUAAAACCAUGCCUGCCACCACAGUAGCUGUGACUCAACAUUCUUCUAAUUCAUCUAGUCAGAAGUCUCCCACUCCCCCAUCGCAUCAAGACUCACUCCAUGCCAUACCCAUGAUCCUCGAGCAGCUGGUCAACCUUCAGCAACAACAACUGCAGCAGAUCCAGCUGACGGAGCAAAUUCGUAUCCAAGUGGCUAUGAUGGCCCCUCAGAGCCUCCACUCUGCAGUGGGCGCUGCGGUGGAUCCACUCAAGGCACUUGGUGCACAUCUUUCGCAGCAACUUUCAGCUGCUGCUGCCCUAAUAGGGAAACGAACAGGCUCUCAGAGUUUGUCUCUGGAGGCUCUCAAGCAAGGUAAACUACCUCAGUCCAGUGUUGUUUCCACAUCACUUGCUGGAGGUGCUGGAGCCAUCCCCUUGAAGACAGACUUGAUAAAAGGGCUCCCAGAUCUAGCCAGUCGACUUCCAGCUUUACUUCCCCAGUCACCAGCAGUUAUGGCCUUCCAGAGUCCUUUUAGUGCCCUUGCAUCAGGCAUCGAUCCUUCCAAAAAAGGGAAAAAUAAGAUUCCAGGUCUAGCAGAGUUGAAGAAUGGAGCUGGCGAGCAGAUGUUUAAGCACAAAUGCAAGUUCUGUGGGAAGACCUUUGGGAAUGAUAGUGCCCUCCAGAUUCACUUGCGCUCGCACACUGGUGAAAGGCCAUUUAAAUGUAACAUCUGUGGAAACCGUUUCACAACUAAAGGAAACCUCAAAGUGCAUUUCCAGAGACACAAAGACAAAUAUCCACACAUUAAGAUGAAUCCUCAUCCUGUACCAGAGCACCUGGACAACAUUCCCACAAACAGUGGCAUUCCCUAUGGCAUGUCUGUACCCAUUGAAGAAUCAAAUAUGGCAGAAAGCAAACCAGUGCUUGGACUCCCAUCUAGUGGUAUUCAUCCCUCAGUGCUACAGGGACUCAAGUCGUCUUUUGACAUUCCAGUGAGUGGUGACCUCUACACCCAAAGACCCUCCUCAUCUGGUAGUGACGGUGCAUCAAUUUCCUCAGGCAUGCUCAAUCAUGAGGUAGGCCUGGAUCAAAGCAAGGAACCCUCAGAUUCUCUAGCUAGCCUGCAUCACAUGAAUACCAAUGGCGUCCCUGAUGAAAAUGGGUCUGGCACAGCCAAACUUCAGCAGAUGGUGGAUGGCUUGGAGAAAAGAACAAAUGACCCCAAUGAAUGUGUGAUCUGCCACAGAGUCUUGAGCUGCCAAAGUUCUCUCAAGAUGCAUUACCGUACACACACUGGUGAACGGCCCUACAAGUGUAAGAUAUGUGGAAGGGCCUUCUCUACCAAGGGUAAUCUGAAGGCCCACUAUGGUGUCCAUAGGGCAAACACCCCACUUAAGAUGCAACACUCCUGCCCAAUUUGUCAAAAGAAGUUUACCAAUGCUGUUGUACUGCAGCAGCACAUUCGAAUGCAUAUGGGUGGCCAGAUUCCCAACACUCCACUGCCUGAGAGCCAGUAUGAGAGUCCAGAGGCAAUGGAUUCCAGUUUGACAGAGGAGAAGAACAUGGAUGCCAGCGGGCUUGAAGAGAGCAUGGAGGAACAAGAUCUGGAUUUGGACAAUCAGGAAAAACGGAACACCCCUGAACCUAGUCCUGUACCGGUUCCAAAAGGGGAUCAGCCUUUCACUGGCUCACCUUCCAUGUUCUCAGGCAUCACUGCUCUAGAAAACCAUAUGAAAAGCCUCACAUCAGCCCUGAACUUGCAGCGACAGAGCAGCACUGCGUCCGAGAGUGAUGGCCCCAAAGAGUCACCAUCGACAGCUGGGGAGCUGGAAUACAAGAAUGGACGCAGUCCAGCCGUGUCUGAUUCAGUCUCCUUUCAUUCUUCAUCUCCGGUGGAUGCACACUUGGAGAAUGGACAGGUAAAAUCUCCAGAACAGGCAAACCCAGACAAUGGAAUCGGGGCCAAAACAGACUCUGAUGGUGGGGCUCAAGAUUUUAAUGAAACAAGUGGAGCACUGGACUUGACUUCUAGUUUCACUACAAAAGCCAUCAAAGAAGAGCCUGGCCUGUCUUUCUCAAAUGGAGAAUAUUCUGCAAGUCACCUGCCAUUCAUGAGGGGCCUGCCAAGUCUGGUCAAACUGGAAAUGCAGAUUCCUCCUGAGAAUCCAUUGGGUGCCCACAACCAAUAUGGUUCCCAGCUGCCCCAGGGGACAGGUACGCCUCCCCCCAGCUCUGGUGCCCCUCGCCGCACUGCCAAGCAACAUCUGUGCAACGUAUGUGGCAAGAACUUUUCCUCUGCCAGUGCAUUGCAGAUCCAUGAACGUACGCACACUGGUGAGAAGCCCUUUGCGUGCACCAUCUGUGGCAGAGCUUUUACAACAAAAGGGAAUCUCAAGGUACAUGUUGGAACGCAUAUGUGGAAUAAUUCAACAAGGCGUGGCCAGCGUCUGUCUUUGGAUAACCCCAUGGCUUUGAUGGCCAUGGGUGCAGAAUCCAAGAUGAUCCCAGACAUGUUGCAGCCCCCGAAAGACUUGAUCCCCUCACCGAUGAACUUUGACCCAUCGGUAUGGAAUCAGUAUGCUGCUGCUUUCACAAAUGGGCUGACUAUGAAAACCAACGAAAUUUCGGUCAUCCAAAAUGGAGGCAUCCCACUCCCUGGAAGUCUUGCUGGAGGCCCUUUGGUUGGCUCCACAGGAGGACUGAAGAUGGACUCCUCCCAUUCAGGCAUUCCAGCUACAGUUGCUGAAAUGGAAAAGAGUGGUUCAGAGAGCAUAGUAAAAUCACAAUUUCCUCAUUUUAUGGAGGAGGGCAAAGUGAAUUAA